GAAUAUCCAUCCGCAGAAGUACUCAGGACUGAUUUAAGCCCCAUACAACCCAAAUGGACUUCCCCCAAUUACACAUUUGAGGUCGAUGAUUUUGAAUCAGAAUGGCUAUAUCGCACGCCAUUUGACUUCAUCCAUGCCCGGGAAUUGGAAGGAUGUAUCACCAACGACGAUAAGCUAUUCCAACGCGCCUUCCAGCACUUAGUCCCUGGCGGAUACAUCGAAUUGUAG